GUACGUGGUGGAGCGUCGCUGGUAUGAACAGUGGAAGGAGUUCGUGGAGACCGGCGAUCAGAACUCGUCGUCCUUCCCUGGUCAGAUCGACAACGCGGAGCUGUUUGAGGAUCUGGACUCGUACCACAUGAAGGAGCGUCUGGUGGAGAACGAGGACUUCAUGUUGGUGCCGGCUGAAGCCUGGCACAAGCUGCUGGCCUGGUACGGCAUGGUAGACGGGCAGCCGCCGCUGGAACGCAAG